CGGCGCCGAAAGAGUAGCAUGGAGGACAAAAGCUUUGACUCCCCGACCCAGCCCAAGCGGCCACGAGUGUUCUUCACAGAGGACCAAAAAGAUUCCCUGCGGCAGGCCUACAACCAAGAUCCAUACCCGAACCAGAGCACCAUCGAAGCCCUGGCCAAAAGCUUAAACGUGGGCGUGAAAACCGUAAUUAACUGGUUUCACAACCACCGCAUGAGAGCCAAACAGCAACAUCAUCUACCCGGAGAUGCCUCCGUCAAGUCAGAACCAGAUGAGAGUUCCAACCAGAGCGACAUAUCGAGCAUGUCGGGGGAUUGGAUAUUCCCCAAGUUUGAGCCCAUGGCCCUGAAACGAAAUGUGCCUUCUGUUAAUGAAGAUAAUGAGGAAGAUAAUAAAGAAAAUAAUGGUGGGUUAGAUGAGGAUGAUGGUGAUGAAAUGGAUGAGCCCGAUGGAUUGGAUGCUGCAUCCAGCAUACACAACAACACUAAACCUGCGGAUAGUGGCAGCAGCGGUGGGGACGUUGAGCAGCCAGAGAGUGAAGAUGGAGAGAGUGAGAAGACUGAAGGAGAGGACGUGAGUGAUGGUGUUCAGCAGUGGGCCAAGUCCAGGGAAGAUGGUUUCUCAGAUAAUCACAGCAGUUCGGCCACAGCAAACGGCAACAGCGGCUGUGGUGUUAGCAGACGUAAGCGCUCGAACCCUCAGCGUAUUUACGAAGGUGCCCAGUUGGAAUGGGUACCUGGAGAUCCCAUUCGCGACGUCGUUAGUGAAGAUAUUCAUGGGUCUUCAGAACCUCCUGUGGCCUGCAACGAAGUUCAUCCAACCAGUUCUGGUGGCAGUAUUCAGACAGACACCCCGAAUGAGCAUGAUUCAUUGCUGGCAAACGGGAUCGGUGCUGACCCCAACACAGCCACUUCAUCACCAUGUCCCAACAACGUAGAGUUAGAUAAAACAGCCAGUUGCAGCAAGGCAGCCAUAAACAAUCAUCAGAGUGACCCGAACGUCCACCGAAUUCAGAAAAUUGAGAAGAUUCAGAAAGCCAUCAAAUCAGUGGUUGAAAAGUGGGACUUUGAGGAGGAUGGGGAGAAAUCGUCAUCGAUUGAGAAGAUUCAGAAACACAUAGAAACAGCAUCCUCCUGUGAUGAUUGGGCUUUCUGA